CUUCCAACAUCCGUCAGUUCGAAAUGAGUCGCCAGAAGAUUGGGAUCGUGGGCAGUGGCCUGAUUGGAAGAGCCUGGGCCAUGCUCUUUGCAGCCGCCGGGUAUUGGGUCCAGAUGUACGACAUCCUGGACACCCAGCUGACCACAGCCCUGCAGGAGCUGGAGAAGGAGCUGCACCGCCUAGAGGAGAAGGGUUCACUCCGGGGAAAGAUAAGAGCUGCCGAGCAACUUGCUCUCAUUGACGUCACCACAAAGUUGGACGAGCUGGUCAAGGAUGCCUUGCAUAUUCAGGAAUGCGUUCCCGAAGUACUGCAGCUAAAGCAGACACUCUACUCCCAGUUGGAUGAGCUCUUGGAUGGCAUCACGGUGGUGGCCAGUUCCACUAGCACCUUUAUGCCUUCUCUGUACAGCGAGGGUCUAAGCAGAAAAGAACAGAUGCUGGUGGCCCAUCCCCUGAACCCUCCCUAUUUUAUACCCUUGGUGGAGAUAGUGCCUGCUCCCUGGACCUCCAAGGAGGCUGUGGAACAGACCAAAUCCCUGAUGCUCAACAUUGGCCAGCGUCCCGUGACGCUAAACAGGGAGAUCGAGGGCUUCGCCACUAACAGGAUACAGUAUGCGAUCCUCAACGAGGUCUGGCGCUUGGUGGCGUCAGGAAUACUCACCGUGGCGGAUGUGGAUCGAGUGCUGAGCCAGGGUCUGGGACUGCGCUAUGCCCUCUUGGGAUCGCUGGAAACGGCUCAUCUUAAUGCUCCCGGAGGCGUGGCCGAUUACUUCCAUCGCUUCGGAGGAGAAAUCUCUGCUGUGAGUGCAACUUACGGAGCGACGCCCAACACCCGAGAGGAUGCUGUGACCCUCGCGGAGAUUGCCAAACAGUGCGAGGAGCUGGUGCCCAUCGAGGGAUUGGGGGAGAGGAGAGCCGUCCGCGAUGAAUUCCUCAUCCAGCUGGCCAAGCUAAAGAAGCAGUUUGAAUAGGAAAUUAAUUGCUGGAUUUUGUGUUCUGCCCUCUGAAUAAAGUGAGAAUCAAGUAAAUGGAACUGUGUCCCAUUUCCUUCGCUUGUCCCACCUCCUUC